AUGGCACCGGCCGAAUCUGAUCAAGAGUCUACCACGGACACGAUGAAAGACCUCAUGAGCGCUGAAGGCAUCGAUAGAGUUCAACAGUACAUGGACUGGAGCCGCGAGCGAGCGAAACACGAGGAUAACCAAGACUGGAUGACGCAUAUCAUGCCGUAUUUGACGGUUCGUGCGCAUUCUACAUCAUUGCCACACCCUUACAUCGACUUCCGGUUCACAGUGGAACCAGUUCACGCCAAUCAAAUGGCUAAUCUGCACGGAGGCUGUACUGCUAGCAUAUUUGACAUCUGCACCACUCUACCGCUUUAUCUCAUCGCGAAGCCGGGUUUCUGGAUGUAUCUCGGUGUCAGCCGGACACUCAAUUGUACUUAUCUUCGACCUAUCCCGGUCGGAUCUACGAUCGAGAUCCACUGUGAGGUCUUGUCCGUCGGCAAAAGAAUGUCUGUCAUCAAGGGUGAGAUGAGGGCCGUUGGCGAAGAUGGAAAGCCGGGAGCGCUACUUGCUGUGUGCGAGCAUGGUAAAGUGAGUACAGAUCCACCGGUUGAGAAGUUAUAG